AUGGUCUUACAAAUCCUGAGAGAUCAUCAGUUAUAUGCCAAAUUCAGUAAGUGUGAAUUUUGGCUGGAGAAGGUUGCUUUCUUAGGGCAUGUGAUUUCGAAAGAGGGAAUUGUUGUAGAUCCGGCGAAGGUGGAGGCAGUGACUGAGUGGAAGAGACCCGAAACUCUCACCGAGAUUCGAAGUUUCUUAGGGUUGGCAGGUUACUACCGUCGGUUUAUCAAGGAUUUCUCGAAACUUGCCAGUCCUUUAACUGAUUUGACAAAGAAGAAUUGUCAGUUUUUGUGGAGUGAUAAGUGUGAGAAUAGCUUCCAGGAGUUGAAGCGAAGGUUAACCACGGCUCCUAUUCUAGCCUUGCCUAAUGCUAAAGACAGUUACACUGUUUAUACUGAUGCUUCGAGGAAGGCUUGGGGUGUGUAUUGA